GAUGAGAUGCUGCCAGGUGUGUGGGACGGGCUGGACCCCACGGCGGAACUGAGUUCCGGCCCCCGCUCCGCAGCUCCAGGCUUGACCACCCCGACGCCCUUGGGAGAGCCUCUCGCGCGCAGCGAUGGGCAGCGUGCUGUACCCAGCCCUUCGUGGUUUUCCUGAAAGGGGCCUCUUCACAUCUCUCAUGCCUCCCCUUGCUUAUUAACCUGUUUGAGAAACCUUUUGCCGGUGGCUUUCUAGAAGAUGACCAUAGAGGACCUUCCGGAUUUUCCAUUAGAAGGAAGUUCGUUGAUUGGAAGAUACCCAUUUUUAUUUCAAGGUUCUGAUACACCAGUUAUCUUUUCCAUUUCUGCAGCACCAAUGCCUUCAGACUGUGAGUUUUCUUUCUUUGAUCCUAAUGAUACAUCAUGCCAGGAAAUUCUCUUCGAUCCCAAAACUUCUGUAUCAGAAUUAUUUGCCAUUUUACGACAGUGGGUUCCUCAGGUCCAGCAAAAUAUUGAUGUUAUUGGAAAUGAGAUCCUUAAGAGAGGGUGCAACGUGAAUGACAGAGAUGGAUUGACAGAUAUGACUCUUUUACAUUAUACGUGCAAAUCUGGAGCUCAUGGUAUCGGUGAUGUUGAUACAGCUGUAAAAUUUGCAACUCAACUUAUUGAUCUGGGAGCAGAUGUUAGUUUGCGGAGUCGCUGGACAAAUAUGAAUGCUUUGCAUUAUGCUGCUUAUUUUGAUGUCCCUGAACUUAUAAGAGUGAUUUUGAAGACAUCUAAACCAAAAGAUGUGGAUGCCACUUGCAGUGACUUUAAUUUUGGAACAGCUCUGCAUAUUGCUGCAUAUAACUUGUGUGCAGGUACUGUGAAAUGCUUAUUGGAGCAUGGAGCAAAUCCUGCAUUUAGGAAUGACAAAGGACAGGUCCCCGCUGAUGUUGUCCCAGACCCGGUCGAAAUGCCCCUAGAAAUGGCUGAUGCCGCAGCAACUGCUAAAGAAAUCAAGCAGAUGCUGCUCAAUGCGGUGCCUCUGUCAUGUGAUCUUUCAAAGCCCUUGCUUCCAAGUUACGAUCGUGUUACUAGCAAGGUGAUGCUGACGUCACUUGGCCUGAAGCUGGGGGAUCGUGUCGUUAUUGCAAGACAGAAGGUCGGAACAUUAAGAUUUUGUGGAACAACUGAAUUUGCAAGUGGGCAGUGGGCUGGCAUUGAGUUGGAUGAACCAGAAGGAAAAAACAAUGGAAGUGUUGGGCAAGUCCAGUACUUUAAAUGUGCCCCCAAAUAUGGUAUUUUUGCACCCCUUUCAAAGAUAAGUAAAGCAAAAGAUCAAAGGAAGAAUACAGCACACACUCCUUCUACAAAAGCUGUACCUCUCAUCAGGUCGCAGAAAAUUGACGUAGCUCAUGUAACGUCAAAAGUAAAUACUGGAUUAAUGACAUCAAAAAAAGAUAGUGCUUCAGAAUCAACACUUUCAUUGCCUCCUGGUGAAGAAUUGAAAACUGGAGCAGAGAAAGAUGUUACCCUGCUCGCAUCCGUCAGCAGCUCCUCCUCUACGUCUUCUUUGGAGCACAAACAGAGUCACUCCAAGAAACUGAAUGCAAGUGGCAAUAACAAGAAGACAAUGAGCAAAAGCCCUUCUGUCUCAUCUAGAGCCAGUGCCGGUUUGAAUUCCUCAGCAGCAUCUGUAGCAAAUAAUGCACGCUGUGAAGGAGAACUCCGCCUUGGAGAUAGGGUGUUGGUGGUAGGCCAGAGAAUUGGUACCAUUAAGUUCUUUGGGACAACAAACUUUGCUCCAGGAUAUUGGUACGGGAUAGAGCUUGAUAAACCCCAUGGCAAGAAUGAUGGUUCAGUUGGAGGUGUGCAGUAUUUUAGUUGUUCCCCAAGAUAUGGAAUAUUUGCUCCCCCAUCCAGGGUACAAAGAGUAACAGAUUCCCUGGACACUCUUUCAGAAAUUUCUUCAAAUAAACAAAAUCAUUCUUAUCCUGGUUUUAGGAGAAGUUUCAGUACAACUUCUGCUUCUUCCCAGAAAGAGAUUAACAGAAGAAAUGCUUUUGCCAAGUCAAAGCCCGCUCUGCGCCGCAGCUGGAGCAGCAGCACCUCGGCCGGCGGCCUGGAGGGGAGCGUGAGGCUGCACGAGGGCUCCCAGGUCCUCCUCACCAGCUCCAACGAGAUGGGCACCGUUAGGUACCUGGGCCCCACUGACUUUGCCUCAGGGAUCUGGCUUGGACUGGAGCUUCGAAGCGCCAAGGGAAAGAAUGAUGGGGCAGUGGGAGACAAACGCUACUUCACCUGCAGGCCGAACCAUGGGGUCCUGAAUUCAGCCUGUUACAGCCUGUUGCAGAAUUCAGCUGCAGAACUGUAUCAUGUUUUUAUUUUCCUUUUGAGCACAUGUUAACAAACUAAGCUUCAUAAUAGAGUGAUGUAAUAAUGCGGAACAUUUGUGUUGUGGGUAUGUAUUGAAGUUUGUCCUGUAUGUAUACAGAUAUAUCUUUUAUUGUAGAUAUUUAGACUCUUAACUACCACGGAAAUAUUGGAACAGUUUGCUUUAUAAGAUAAAAAGCAUCCUUCAAAAUGGAGGUUGCUUUGUGCUUUAGAAAUAAUACGUUGAACUAUUUUGCAAUAUACUAUUUAAAAUCUAAAUUCUCUUGCUUUGCUGCCUUUUUAAAAAGGUGUGAAAUUUCAAAUAUUGCUAGAGCUAUUUUCCUGAAAUACAUUUUCAAAAUAAGGCUGCUUUGUAAUAAAGGAAUAUUUUUGAUUGAAGAAAGUGACUGUACUGUGUUUCAAAAGUAAACUUAUUUUAUUAUAUAGUUUAUUUCUUAAAAACUCUAUUUAUACCUUACUGUGAAAUCCAUGACUGCACUGAACUUGGUUGUCCAUAAUUCUUUCUGUUAAAUAUAAAACCCUGUAAGUUAAUAACAGUAAUGCCAGCACUGAAUUUAUUUUGAGGUCAGAGAACCAGUUAUUCUCAUAUUUAGAUUAAGAUUAUUAAAUCCAUGUAAUGUGUAUGUUUAUGUAUACUGUACAUAAAAAUUAGGUGUCUUCAUUUGUGUUUUGCUUAUGUCAUUCAAAGUUCAUGUCUUGAGCAUUAAUAAAAAGGGAAGCUGUUUUGGUUUGGA